AUGGUUGGCGAAACCGGCCCAAUCCAUGUGUCGCGGGCGAUAGCCAUGGUGAUGGCAGGAUUGUUCGCGCUCUCCUGCUACAAUGUCUUGGAAAUCACCAUCUCGAUUUUUGCCACAUUUCGACGCCGCAGCGGUCUGUACUUCUGGAGUAUGGUGAUCACGACGUUUGGAAUCCUGCUACACGCCAUUUCUUCGUUCCUUCGCUACUUCGACCUCGCCCCUAAUUUUGCAAUGGCGGUCCUGGUUAUCCUUGGCUGGUAUGCCAUGGUGACCGGUCAGUCCGUGGUACUUUAUUCACGACUCCACCUGGUUACUACCCAUGCGCGAUACUCCCGCUGGGUUCUCUACAUGAUCAUCUUCAACGUCUUCGCCUUGCACAUUCCCACCACGAUCCUUUGGCUCGGAAGUAACCACGGUGUGGCCAAAUUUGUCGUGCCAUUCAACAUCUACGAGCGCGUGCAAUUGACCGGCUUCUCGGUCCAAGAGACCAUCAUCAGCGGUCUCUACAUCUGGGAGACCAUGACUGGAUUACGAUCUCUAUGGGCUAUGAAAGGCCCCACGGGUCAACGAGUCAUUGUGAACAUCGUCCUCAUUAAUAUCAUCGCCGUUUUGCUAGAUGGGUCUCUUCUAGCGACCGAGUAUACCGGAAAUUUCGAUAUACAGACGACCUAUAAACCCUUCGUUUACAGCAUCAAGCUGAAAAUGGAAUUCACAGUGCUCAACAGUCUACUCGCUGUGGUCCGCACGAACCCAUCAACCAUCGAGGAUAUUCAAUCCUUACGCAGAGAUGAUCUUCACAUAGAGCCGAAAUGGAGUGGCGACCGUUCCGACCGCGCAGCUACGGUCAAUACCGCUCUUGGCGUUGACGAUCAAAGCCAUCGGCGAAAAGCAGACAAAGCCUCCUCUACCCAAACACAUCACUCGUGGCUUUCUGGCAGCCAUCGAAUAGAAUCUGCGUGA